GGCUAUAGAGCAGUUUGAUCCUUUGGGUUAUUUUGCGAUGUCAGAUUUCGGCCUCAGUAUACACUCUGUUUCGUCUGUUGCGGCCGCGAUUUCAGCACCAGCUGAGUUGGACAGCGCCUGCGCGGACUGCGACUCGCAAACUCCUCCAGCCUCACGAGGAGACUUCACUCAUCCGCCUCCAUUCAAUAAUCUGCAUCAGUCACUCCUUCACAUCGGCCCCGGAGGACUCGGCACGGUCCUGGAGGAAGAACUGACUAUGCUUGCACGGGAAAGGGAAGAAGAACUGGCCAUAAACGACCAAGACUCCGAUCUUUUAGCGCUCUUCCAGCAGAAAGAGAAGGACUUGGUCCUGGCUGCAAAACUCGGGAAAGCGCUGCUCGAAAGAAACCAGGACCUCACGAAGCAAUAUGAAAAAAUGACCAAGGAUCUGAACGAAAAGCUAGAGAAUUUGGAGCAAGAGAAGCAUGAGCUGCGAAAACGCUUGGAAAUACGAGAAGGCGAGUGGGAAGGCCGAGUGGCUGAGCUGGAGACUGAUGUGCAGCAGCUUAAAGGUGAGCUGGAGAAGCACAAGGUACAGCUGCGUGAGGCUGAUCGGGACAAGACCCGGACCAUCACCGAGCUCUCAGAACAAAACCACAGUUUGCUCGAGCAGCUCAGCAGAGCUGCUGAUGUGGAAAGGGCACUGUACACUCAGGUCCAUUCAUUGAGAGAUGAUUUCAGAGAGAAGAACAUUUCCAAAAAUCGGCACAUGACACAAUUAGAGAGACUACAAGCAGAGCAAGGGCUAGAAAUUAAGAUGCUGUCUGAGCAUAAGCAGGAACUUGAGAAAUGUUUAACUACAUUUCAUGAGGAGAAGGAGCAGCUGCAGAACAUAGUGGACAACUUGAAAGAGCGGACACUUGUGUUAGAGAAGUUAUGUCAUGAGAAGGACUUACAACUGCAACAAAGUCAAAUGGAGCUGCAGGAGGUGCGUUCAUCCCAUCGCCAGUUAAGUGCCCGUUUGGCGGAAGUGACUGAGGAGAGAAGCUUUCAGGGCUUCAGCUCUCGCAGUCACUCACUGCUGUGUGAGAUAGAGCAGAGUAUGGAGCAGGAAGAACUCGAACAGGAACGGGAGCAGUUGCGUCUGCAGCUAUGGGAAGCUUAUUGCCAGAUUCGCUGUAUCUGCUCCCAGCUGAGAGGAAAUGACAUCACAGACUCUGCCCUGUCCACAGAUUCAUCCAUGGAUGAGUCAUCAGAAACAUCAUCAGCUAAAGAUGUGCCUAUGGGCAGUCUACAGUCCAGUCUACUUGAGCUGCGCAGGCUGACACAAAACCUACUAGAUGGGAAUGAGUCUACGGGAUCACGCCGCAGUGAUGAGGAUGUGUUGGAAGAGCAGGUGCGGAAACUGGGUGAUGAACUGAGAGAAGUACGAGAGCUUUAUGAACAGGAGCAGGAAAGGGUACGGAGCACUCAGGAAGACAUGCUUCAACUCCGUAAUCAGAUUGCACUUUUCUCCUUAGAAGUGUGCUCAUCACAGGAGGAGAAUAAGAGACUAAGAAGAUCUGAGGUCAGAGAGCCAAGUGAACAACUACAAAACGCCAUUCGAGACCGAGAUGAUGCCAUCGCCAAAAAGAAAGCAGUGGAGAUGGAGUUGGCGAAGUGUAAGGUAGAUAUUAUGUCUCUGAACAGCCAGCUCCUGGAUGCUAUUCAGCAGAAGUUUAAUCUUUCCCAGCAGUUAGAAGCCUGGCAGGAUGAUAUGCUCAGAGUGAUAGAGCUGCAGUUGAAGGAUAAACAUCAGGGAGAGUGGAGAAACUCUUCAAACUCUUUCUCCGGGGCAAAGGCGAGUACCUACAGCUCCUCAGGAGCCUCUUCCCAGCAAGCCUCCCACCUCUCCGAUGGUGAUAAGCGCUUUUUCUCGUUUUCAAGAAGAACUGAAUUUGUCAGCAAGGAAAAGCAAUGGCAUAUGAUGACUGAUACAGCCAAAGACUAAGACAGAAAAGUUAAUCAUCAGUAAAGAACAAAAUCUUGUUCUAAAAUCCUGGAGCUAUUUUUGCACUUUACCUCCUCUCCUUCAGAUAAUUGUAGAUGAGGCACAAGAGAGUCAAUUCACGAGGAAUUCAAGAAAAUCACAUAAAGAUAAAGUCCUUAGAGAUUUUACAGCUUCAGGGUGAUAUCUGCAGAAUUACCACAUUUAAAUAACAUUGAGGCGACCUUUCCUUCCUUGUUUCUCAGAUAUCCUCCUCACCCCACUGCCAAAAGGUUUCAAUGAAAAUGUCAGAUUUAGCUCUGUCAAACUGAAGGAUUCUUUUGGCUUUUAUCUCAGGAUGAGCUAAACUCAUUGAUUACUUCUCAUUGAUUAGAAGUCAGUGUGUAGGAUGUAUUUUGUGAAUUAGCUUCAAUCGCUACUCAUCAAAGGUCUCUCUAUUGAAUCACUAUAAUGUGAUUACAAAAAUGCCAAAAGCUAUUGCUUCGAUUCGAAAAUGUAA